CAUAAACAGCCAUUUUGGAUCAGGAAGUACUGACAAAACCCGAGCCUCUUGUAUGAUUUCCGGGUGUGAUAUAUUACCAUUAACCUAGCAGCCGAGAAGUUAUCCUUGUCAGAAAUGAGUUGUAUAUGGAGACUAGAGUGAUAUUCGGGACUGAAACAAAGCACUAAGGUACUAUUGCCUGGAUGCUGUGAAAACCCUCCUACCACCACCAUUCCAGGGAGAUAACCAGAGGGAGACCCAGUAGGGCUGAGAGAGGGAUCUAGAUCAGGGACCCCUCUGACAAGAUGCCACCCCCGCCGCCCCCACCGGGGCCCCCUCCCCCGCCCACCUUUAAACAGGCCAACACGACCCCGCCCAACCUCAACAAGAAUGAGCAGAAAAACAGAGGGGCGCUUCUUGGGGAUAUUCACAAAGGAAUGAAACUCAAAAAGACAGUAACAGUGGACAAAAGCGGCCCUUUGCUAGGUCCAUCAAAACCUAGUGGAGGAGGAGGAGGAGGAGGGGGAGGAGGCGGAGGAGGAGGGGGAGGAGGAGGAGGCGGCGGAGGAGGAUUUGGAGGAGGAGGAGGAGGGGGUCUUGGAGGGCUAUUUGCAGGUGGAAUGCCCAAAUUGAAGCCAUCAGGAAUGAGGGGCGGCGGAGGCGGCGGUUCAGCACAAUCAAACACACCCUCAUUACAUGCACCCUCAUCAAACCAUGUCCAUCAUAGCAACAGAGGCCUGUCAACGUCACCUCAGCCCCCAAGACACAAAUUUGGUAAUGGUGGAAAGCCCAGCGGUGGCGGACUUCCCGCUUCACGACCAUUACCCCAUCCCUCAGGGAACUCACGGCCGCUGCCCAGCCAACCACAGAACACUCACAACCCGGUGUCGGCCAGAAUUAGUAAUAAAGGCAGCAGCAAUGGGCACGGGGCAGCAGACAGAGCACCGCCCCCUCCACCUCCUAGUAGUAACAGACCUAGACCCCCAUCAACAAGUUUUCCCCCUCCACCCCCAUCAUCUUUACCAUCCUCAAAACCCUCAAAUAAUUUUCCACCACCCCCUCCCACAUCAUCUAUACCCUCAAGAAAUAGUAGAGCGCCGCCUCCCCCAAAGAGAGAUCCCCCUAGUAAAGGGUCGACGCCCCCGCCCCCGCCCCCUCAAGGGAGGAUUGAUAAUAAACUAUCCAAUGGUCCCAGUACAGGUCCACCACCACCACCGCCUUCAAGGCAGCCCCCCGGUGGCAGGCCGCCCCCACCCCCAAGAGAUACCCCCAGGCCGGGGACCGCACCACCACCGCCUCCGCCUUCCAGAAGUCAAGGCCGGCCACCGUCAACGGUUUCAAGUUCGUCGUCGAGGGCGCCGCCACCGCCGCCUAACAGAACGUCGACCGGUCAUUCUGCUCCUCCGCCACCAUCCAGGGAUAAAGGACCAAGACCGCCGUCAAUAGUGGGAGGACCGCCCCCACCACCACCUUCUAGAGGUACACCCAGGAGUCCCCCUGCAAGGAACCCCCCUGCCAGGGAUUCAGGAAUUAUGAAUGGAACUGAUGAUUUUGAGAGUCGGUUCCGGUUUAACUCAUCCUCACGCUUCCCAACUCCUCCACCUAUGAAGAAGUUACAAAAGACGUAUCCAAGCAAACAACCAAAUAGACAAAACUCCACUGUGUACUUUACAUCCGAGCAAGCGAAUGCACAUUCCAAUGGUACAAAGAGAGGACAACCCCCUGCACCACCCAGACAAUAGGAUCUUCACUAUUUUUUAGUAGCUUAGGGAGAAUGAUGCACUUGCUCUCCACUGACAGAAAGGACCAGCAGCUGCCACGCCCAACCAUCCUAACAAUGCAGUACCACCUAAGCUGGUUGAAGAAAACAAAAUCACAAACGAGAAAGGAGCGCCCGGCAAGGUUCCUAAUGGAAUACUGUAUGCCUGUUGGAUGAACUUUUGCAAGGCAGUAAAAGCACUGGAGGGGACAAGAAUGCUAUGCCAGGUUUAAAGGCGGAGCAUAUAAAUGUGUAUAAGUGAUAUCGGAGAGAGAAGCACAGUAUUUUGGGCAAGCAGUGCUGGAGUCUUUGAUAUAUAUAUAUAUAAUGUGCUUCAAUGUUUCAGUCGAGUCAGAGAGAUUUUAUACUACUGGUAAUAUAUUUGCACUUUCUUUACAUACUCAGAAGAAGUUCCAUUAUUUAUAUUGCAAUAUUUUAGCAGACGUGUCUUAAGAAAAAGUCAAAGGAAAGACAAUUGCAUUGCAGGAAAUCUGCUGAAUGUGAUUUAGCCGGCUCAUUCUACGGCAUUCUGCCAUAUCAUACAACCUUGCUAUAGGCCCUCUAUUACCUAAUAUCCAGCAAGUGAAUAUAAACACUUUGAAUUGGUUCCGGAUUUUAUAUUUACCUGUGAAGCACAAUUUGGUAGCAGAGAUUGGAAAAUGUGGCUUCAUUACAUAGAUUAGAUUUCAGAGAAUAUUUUCGCAUUGUCCUCUUGGGAUAUGGCCAGUCCAUGCUACAGUAAAACCAGGACAUUUUGUGUGUUGGUAACUUUGCAAUGUAUACGGAUGGUUAUUUCCAUGGCAAGAAACUUCAAGCCACCUAGAAGUUGGUGUCCAUGUGUCUUGCAUCAUAAUUUGCUGACACUAGGUUUGGUGGAAUUACCAAUGAAUGUGUCUGUGUUUGCAACAAACCUGUGGUCCCACCAGGAAAUACUCCUACUUGCCUUCAUAUCUUGAGGAUGAGGGAAAUUUGAUAUCAUGGAAUUAAUUCCUUAUGGUGGUAGGUUAGGGGCACAGUGCAUUACAAGACCUAUCGGUUGUAAAAGUCCACUCUUGGUGACUGACAAGUUGACAACACCUGCUUAGUUGGUAAACACAAAAUGGUGUCGAAUUACCCCAUGAGAACCCACUAUUAUGAGCCUUUAACUAUUGCAAAGAUGUGAUACGUUGUCAAUUGUGAUACAUCUAUUAUGCUGCUACAACUUUUGCGAAUCUGAACCACUUGUGAAAUUAUUGAACAUUUAAUGCAGCCGAAAGUUCCUGGUUUUGCAGUAAUGAGAUCAGAGAAGAAAAAAAUCAGUUGGAAAAUGGAAGGAUAAAGUGAAAGGGAACACACAACUCCCCUCUCCCAAAUAAAAAGUAAACAAUGAUAAAUAUAAGAAUCAUACACCAGAACUCCCAAGAAACCAAUCGUGGUCAUGAAUGAUCAUUGGCUUUCAUCUUGACCCCCUAAAACCUUUGCCGCUCGAGUACAAAUUUACAGAUCAUGAGAAAGUUGAAAUAUCCAUUUUUCACAACAACUAAAAUGGAAGGAACAUUUUUUUCCCGAUAAUUAGCAGCUUCGUUUCUAGUUUGUCUUCCAGGGGCCCAUUUCACAAAGUGUUUUUUCAAUGACAAAUGACAAAUAUCAGUGACAAAUCUGCUGAUAACCAAUCAGAAGCAAGGAUUUCAGUAGCUUAUAAAAAAAAACUGUCAUUCGUCACUGAUGACAAGUUUUGAAAAACGCCCCCCCAGGUGAAAGCAAGAAGUUUUG